CUGAGUUUAGAGCAACUUCACAAGCAGGAAGGCAGCCUGCAAGGUGCAGGCAGGAGGAAAGCUGAGGAACCUAGAAAUAGAAAUGGGAUAGAGGUAGCAUCUUGCUUGGGCAGGACAGCUGGAUUUUCUUCUCUGGACAGAGAUCUCUAUUUUUUUGUCCACUUUGCUUUACAGCUUUCUGCUGUUCUUUUUUUUUUUUUGUUUUAAUUUGAGAGCGCCAAAGGAAGGGAACCUGCUUCCUCACUUUGUUUCACGGCCUCUCAAGUGUGAUGGAUAUUGCGGUGCUGGCAUUCGGAAACUCACUGCAUUCACUCCUGUGCCUGCACGGUAUGCCCUGCCUGCAUUUUGCUGCCACAUUGGGAGUCUGACCCCGCCAUGUGGGAAUGGAUGUCAUUUGCCGCCGGGCUCCUUCCUGCUGUUGCUUCCACCUCCUCCAGCCCACUCCUAAACCGUCUGGUGGUCUGCAUCUUGCUGCUGCAGGCAGGUGCUGUCCUAGGGAGGUGCCCUGCUGAAGCGGGUGCUGCCGUUGGCCUUGAGCCCCUGCGGGGUGUCAACUGUUCUUGGAGCCUUGAUCGACACACCCGAAGCUACAACCACCUGGAAGGUGAUGUGAGAUGGAGACGACUCUAUUCAGCUACAAAGUUCUUUCUGCGCAUUGAGAAGUCAGGAAAAGUGGAUGGUACACGUCGAAAGAACUGCAUUAACAGUGUAAUGGAAAUUCGGUCUGUGAGUGUGGGUGUUGUUGCCAUCAAAUCUGUUAACACGGGACUCUAUUUAGCCAUGAACAAGAAGGGGAAGCUGUAUGGUUCGGAAGAAUAUAACCACAACUGUAAGUUCAAGGAAAGAAUUGAGGAGAAUGGGUACAACACAUAUGCCUCGCUGAGAUGGAAACACAAUGGACGGCAAAUGUUUGUGUCUCUGAAUGGCAGAGGGAUGCCCCGGCGGGGGCACAAAACCCGUAGGAAGCACCUCUCAGCCCAUUUCCUCCCUAUGCUGGUCUCCUAGCCUCCUAAUCCCCAAAAACCUAAAUUAUUUUCUUUUUUAUGCUUGAGUUGGCAUAUGUCCAAACAAACAGCUGCUAUCAAUGUGUAAAUAUAUUUGUAUUAUUAUUAAUAUUAUUAUCCUGUUGUUUUAAGGAGAAAGAAAAUAGAAAGGUACAUUGCUUUCAUGAUGCCUGCAUGUAAAAAUGACGAGAUGGCGAUGGUUUCUGCCAGACCAGAGUUGUACUUGUUUUUCAAAAUGGGGCACCAAUCCUGUGAAUUGUGUUAUUGUUAAACCUAAACUGAGACAGCAGCUGGGAUGGUUUCCUAUCACAACUCCCCCAUAGUUUCAUCAUCAAUCCCACUCUCAUUCUUGCUUCUCAUUAUCCUGUGCAUGACCUGGGAUUUUUGAAAUUCACUGCCUUGCAGCCUCUGUAGUUCUGUACAUGGCAUGUCUCAUCAAGGUGACAUCAUUUUCAAUUGUUGACCCGAUUAAUAAAUUGUUUAGUAUAACCUCUCUAUAUACAUUUAGAGCACACCUAAGAAAGGAAAACAUUGUGAGGCUACUACUGCAGGAGACCCCUGAGAGUCUAUGAGAAAAUGCCAAGGAUGUUAUAAACUGAAGGACUAUGUGGGUAUGGGGUCGGUAAGUGUACCAGUCCUCAUCAGUGAAUCACAACUGCCCCAGGCCAAAAAGGCAUGAAUGGAGGAUGGGAACACAUGUGGCAGAGCAUCACACUAACUAAGUGGAGGUACCAUAGAUAUGUUUGUUGAGAAAGACGGACACCUUCAUUUAAACUUUUAUUUAUUAAAUUAAAAUCAUCUAAAGACCCACAUACUAACUGCCUCCCCAGUGGAAAAUCCAUAAUCCAAGCUGUAAUUUUUCAUUGCCAUGACUUGGUCAGCAGCCACAUGAAGUGCAACUGGCUGCAACGGGACCUUCACGGGUAUUUAUUUUAUUUGAAGAUGCUGGUGGCUAUCAUUAUAUAUGCA